AUGUCUGAUUUCAAAACCGCCAAGGACACCCUUGUUGCAUCUCUCUUUGAACUUUCCAAGGCCGCUCAGGAAGCCGCCACUGCCGCUGUUGAUUUCUACAAGUUGGCCCAUGUUGAUGACGAGCAAAUUAAUGAGGCAUUGAAAAGCGUUGGCCAAGUAGCUGAUCUUGCCAAUGGCCACAAGGAACUUGCCGACAUUGCUGCUGCCGCCGUCACCACCGCCAAGGAAGAAAAGGAUGCCCCUAAAAAGAAGAAGAAGAAGGUUGAAAGAGACCCUAACGCUCCUAAGAAGCCUUUGACUAUGUACUUUGCAUUCCAGUUCCACACCCGUAAGGAAAUCGCCGACGAAAGAAAGAAGAAGGGCUUACCAAGUUUGUCUGCCAUUGACAUGAACUCAAUUAUUAAAGAACGUUGGGCUAACAUCAGUGAUAAGGAAAAGGAAACCUGGAAGCAAAAGUAUAGUGACGAAUUGAAGGUUUAUAAUGUUGAAAAGGAAAAGUAUCAAAGUGGAUUAACUGCUGCCGGUACUGGUCCAUCUAGUGUUCCAGUGGAAACUCCAGUUCUUGCUGCUGUUGAAGACGCUCACGAUGCCGAUGAAACCAAAUCGGAAACUCCAAAAAAGGCCAAGAAACGGAAAUCUGAUAAGGAAAAGAGUGAAAAGAGUGAAAAGAAGGAAAAGAAAAAGAAGCUUGCUACUGCCUCUUCUUCCGAUUAG